UAUAUGUAACAGGAAGGAGCUGAUCUCAGCCCAGACAGGAGGGGACCACUGCGCCUGCAGGAGCAGCGGGACAGAGGACACGGGAACCGUUUAUUACACAGGAGCCGCUUAUUACACGAGAGAUGGAUACAAUAUUCACUACAACUAAAGAAGAGCACCCAGAGCCCAUAAAAGCUGAAGUGCAAGGUCAGUUGCCCACCUGGUUGCAAGGGAUACUUCUCCGAAAUGGCCCAGGGAUGCACACAGUAGGGGACACUAAGUAUAACCACUGGUUUGAUGGCUUGGCUCUGCUGCAUAGCUUUACUUUUAAAAAUGGUGAAGUUUACUACAGAAGCAAGUAUCUCCGAAGCGACACAUAUAACUGCAAUAUAGAAGCAAACCGAAUCGUGGUGUCUGAAUUUGGAACUAUGGCUUAUCCAGAUCCAUGCAAAAACAUAUUUGCCAAGGCAUUCUCCUAUUUGUCUCACACCAUUCCUGAGUUCACAGACAACUGCCUGAUCAACAUUAUGAAAACUGGGGAUGAUUUUUAUGCUACCAGUGAGACUAACUUCAUCAGGAAAAUUAAUCCACAGACUCUGGAGACAUUAGAGAAGGUUGACUACAGCAAAUACAUAGCUGUAAAUGUGGCAACUUCUCACCCGCAUUACGACAGUGCUGGAAAUACUCUCAACAUGGGUACUUCAAUAGUCGAUAAAGGGAAGACAAAAUACAUUAUGUUUAAGAUUCCUCCCUCUGUGCCAGAAAAAGAAAAGAAGAAAUCUUGUUUUAAACAUAUGGAAGUGGUGUGCUCCAUCCCUUCUCGCUCUCUGCUGAACCCAAGCUACUACCAUAGCUUUGGAAUCACAGAAAAUUACAUUAUCUUCGUAGAGCAGCCAUUCAAACUGGAUAUUGUCAAAAUGGCAACUGCUUACAUCCGAGGUGUGAACUGGGCUUCCUGCCUUGCCUAUCACAAGGAAGAGAAGACUUGGUUUCACUUUAUAGACCGGAAGACUAAAAAAGAAGUAUCCACCAAAUUUUAUACUGAUGCUAUGGUGAUUUUUCACCAUAUAAAUGCUUAUGAACAGGAUGGCCACAUUAUUUUUGAUAUUAUUGCCUAUGCAGACAACAGCUUGUAUGAUAUGUUCUAUUUAAAAAAUCUGACUAAAGACUUUGAAGAGAAGAACAAGCUUACUUCUGUACCAACCUGCAAACGAUUUGUUGUUCCUCUGCAGUAUGACAAGGAUGCUGAAGUAGGUUCUAACUUAGUCACAUUUCCAUCUACCGCCACUGCUGUAAAAGAGAAAGAUGGCAGCAUCUAUUGCCAGCCUGAAAUACUAUGUAAAGGGAUAGAACUGCCUCGCAUAAACUACGACUAUAAUGGCAAAAAUUACAACUACAUCUUUGCAACAGAAGUGCAGUGGAGGCCAGUUCCUACCAAGAUUGUAAAAUUUAAUAUCCAGACAGAGGAGAUGCUCCACUGGGAAGAGGACCACUGCUGGCCAUCCGAGCCUGUUUUCGUUCCCAGCCCUGAUGCAAGAGAAGAGGAUGAUGGUGUUGUUCUGACGUGUGUUGUGGUGUCUGAUCCAAAGGAAGCACCCUUCCUACUUGUCUUAGAUGCUAAAACAUUCAAAGAAUUGGGCCGAGCCAAAGUACAUGUAGAAAUGCAUCUGGACCUACAUGGAAUAUUUAUACCAGAGAAAGAUUUGAAGACUGAGACUGAAUAAAAUGCUAUUCAUCCUAUUACACAGACUGAGACAACCUUCUACUGAAUGUGGGAUAAUACCAUUCAGGAACAACCUUAUCUUAUGACAAAAAAUGACUAAAUAUAAUCUCUUCAAUAACUCUAUAUAAUCUCUUAUAAGAGAUAGCAAUAACUUUUACUACAAAUAAUUACAUGCACAACUAGUACAUAACUAUUCCAAAAGAAGGAUGAUCAGUAUUACGUGCUAAUAUUGUAUACGACUUGUGGGGCAGGGAAUAGGAGACAAAGAUAACAAGAAAUGUUUUGAGUACAGUAUAGCUUUCUGAGCAAAUGAAAUACUGUAUUUAUAGGGUGAUGCACUAUGAGUCACAUAUGUCUGCAGGUCACAUAACUUUCAUGGACUGUUUCAAGACUGCAGCUCACAAUGAAAGUUGUCUCCUGCCAGAAAACCUCAGGUUAAACUGUCUGCUGUGAUACUAAUAGUUCAUGGCAAUGCAUUCUCUUGGUGCUUGAUUUCCUAAAGACCACCAUAACCAAAGUAUUACAUGGAGGUGCUACAACUUUCUAAUUUAGAACCUAAAAAAACCUGCUUUGCUAAUAAUUUCAUAGUGUGUUUUCCCAUUUUAUGUUGACAAAACCGAAUAACUUGAAAUAGAAUAUAUGGGUUUUUAUAGCAUUCAAUUAUACUUUAGUACUAUUCAGUCAAGUAUUUUGUAUUUAAAUCAGUUUUCCUUAAGGAGACUAUCUGACGUGACAUUUCAUGUAAUUAGAUGAUUACAGUGUGUAAAAGAUAAACAGAAAUAUAAUAUUUAUUAAUAUUACUAAUAGUCUUUGUUAAUAACUGUAUGUAUAUGAAUGAGGGCAGUAUAUUUCUAGCAGAACUCAGAUCCAUGUGUUCAACAAAUUGUGAGGUGACAGACCUAAAGUAGACUUCAUCUGAACUACAUGGUAGCUGAAACUACAAGCUAUUGCUAAGUUAAGCAUUUGCUUUAUUGUCUGCUUGGGAGCAUCCAUGUUCUGACAUGGAUUUGUCAUUGCCUGUAACAGACGCUUCCUAAUAAAAGUACACAACUCUCAUUUAUAGUCACAAUUAAAAAGCACAUUUCAACAUAGAGUUCAAAUGCCAAGUAUACUGUGACUGGUUUUUGUUACAGGAUGGCAUUUCUUAAUGCCUGAGUACAUUUCUGUUUUCUGAUUUGGGGCAUUGCUUUUUCUUUAUAUGAGAGGUUUUCUUCUUUGAAUCAUAUUUUCCCGUCAUAACUGCAUUUAUUGUUGGAGCCAUCUUUACUGAUGGAGAAAACUAGAUGUACAAUCCACCCAUUUUAGGUGUUCAUCUGGUCUGUCUGUAUCACUGCACUACUCUGGUAUCUCUCAGUUAUAUAUGCACUUUCACAGUGUCUCUGCUGCUCACUGUGUUUUACAGGUAAGAAACAAUGUAAUCAUUGUUAUUCACUGUCUUCCCAUCAUAUGAGAAUCUGGGCUUUGGUGGCUUUUUUGUGAUUACGUAAGAUGUUUACGGCAGAGCAGGAAACAAAUCAACAUCAGUUCUUGUUUGCUCUGUAACCCUUGCGAAGGCAACCACAAAGCAGAUAAUCAGUCACUGAAAAUAAUGAGAGUUUACUUAGCACUCCGACAAACAAAAAUAAACCCUAAGUUCAAGCGUUAAGAAUAUUGCUACACAACUACCAUAAGAAUUCCUAAGUUUCAUGAAGAAUCCUUUAGAAAGAUGACCCAAAAUGUGCACAAUCACUCACUCACAAAAGGAAAUCUCUCACUCAAGGGUGCCCAGAAGAUAGGAUCACUGACCCAAAGGGGUGAGGGCUCACUCAAGGAUAUAGCCAGAAUAAAUAAUUAUUCACCAAAAGGAGGAUGAGAGCACUCAGUUCCAGGGAAGUUACCUUGGGUGGUGUUACAAUCCCAAAGGGAGAGUCCCAACUGCUGACCCACAUCUCUGAGGAGGGACUGGCUCCAGUUAGCUCUCUGGUGGGACCAAAUAUAUGAGUCGAGUCUGAUGUUUGGUCACUCUAACUGGCUGGAGACCAGGGCUCUGUGCCUGGCAACAGUUCUCUACCCUACUCCCCUGGCCCCAGUGGCAUCAGGAUGAGUAUGGUGGUUUCAACAGCUGGGUAGCCCCAGUCUUUGUGUCUUUGGAAAGACUGAUGUCUGUUAGGUGUUCAGCAGGCCCAGAUCUUGUUGGGUCCUUGUCAGGGCAAUUGCACCUGCCACAGUAACAACUGCACCUCCCUUUCUCUGCUCCAGUCUUUGUAAGUAUAAAGAAUAUACAGGCUAUUUAUAAUGUGAAAAAGUCACAGUGGUCAGAUCUAGAGUGAAAAUAUGCAGUCUGGAGCAUUCAAAUGUUUAUAUAGUCCAUAAAACGGAAAUAGACGUUGCACUAAGCACUGUCUGCAGGAAUAGGCAUCUUUAGUGGUUUCAAGGUAUAUUACUAUUGGUAGUUAAGAGAACUUUAUCUUCUAAAGAAGAAAUUGAAUUUAAUUUUUGUAAGUAAUAUGGAACCAGUACUGGAAGGGAAGACUGACUUCUGAUGUUGGCGAAGAACACCAGCUGUGAGGUUGUUUCUUUUAAUCUGAAAAAGUUUGAAUUUAAGAAGUCCUGCAAAUCUUGAAUGAAUCAAAAUUAAUCAAAAGUCUAACCAUUAUUAUACACCUCCCUUUAAGAGUUUGUCUCCAAAAUUUCUUCUCUAGAACUCAUAGUGUUAUGUUUUUGGAUGAUCAUGAGCUUUGAUAUAGGAGUUAGUUGACUUUAGAGGAGCCAAUUCUUAUUGGCAAACAUGACAUGAUAGGGGGAUAUUCACUGUGAAAACAAUCUGCAGUCUAAGAAAGAAAAUGUGUUAUUUAUCUUCAUGUAGAAAUAUUUCAGAAAAUAAAUAGCAAGAACUUGUCUCGGGUAUAAAAUUUUAAACAGUGUGCUGUAUUCACUUGGUUGGUAUUACACAGGAUUUGAUUAGCGUCCAGUUUGUACUCAACCUGAAGAGGAACAGAGUGAUGUAAAUCCAGAUUUGCCAGUCUCAGUAUCCUCCUCUGGCAGAGACAAGAUGAAUAAAACCAUAAGGCUAAUCACAAAUUUGUUCAAGAAUGCUUUUAGCAGUUGCACUAGUAAUCUGAUGAAACAUUUACCCUGAAUAUGGUAAUAUACUGUAUCAUUUCCAGGCUGACAAUUGCAAGGGGAAUGUAUACGUGUUUUGCCAAGUGGCUGCAAGGCUUGUGGGUUUUCUUUGUUGUGGUAACAUGGCACAUGCUAAUGAGUCUGUCAUUUGGUUUGCUUCUCUGGCAUCCUUCACUGUGAAUGAAAUCUUGAGGGACAGAAAGGUUUCAUUCUUCUUUUGCACCAAAUUAAGUCAUAAAUCAGCCCAGUGAAACUAGUGGAGUUAUUGUAAUGGCAUAAAAAAGAAUCUAGAUUCAGUGACUGCAAAUAAAAACAGUAAGCGUAGAUAGCUCCACAAAAGAAAAAAAAUACAGUUGAGCAAGAGAACCAGACCACGGGUGUGCAUACAUGUAAUUACUUCAGAGAUGUUACAAAUGGCCCUCUUAUUGGUAGAGUGGUU